AUGGCAUCUCAAGAGCCCGCCUACGUUGCAAUCGCCCAGCGCAAGCAAGAUGCAUUAGCCGCUGCUAUUCCCGCUGAAUGGCGAUUGCCAGCGCAUCUCAUUCCGGCGGGGAUGCUCUCACCCGCCGAGUCCAUCACGGAAGGACCGAAGCAGUACGGGAGAGUCAAUGUCACGGAGAUCCCACGCACUUGUGGCAUCCUCAGUGCCAAGGAACUGGAGAUUACAGAGAAGUAUGAUGUGCGCGGGCUUGUGGCUGCUAUGACUGAAGGCAGGUUGAAGGCUGAAGAGGUGAUUCGAGGCUUUUGCAAGAGAGCAGCCAUUGCCCAUCAACUUACCCGCUGCAUCACCGAGCCUCUCUUCGACCGAGCCCUCCGCCAAGCAAAGGAACUGGACGAUCACCUCCAGCGAACCGGUCGCCCGUUCGGCCCUUUACACGGUCUGCCUGUGUCUGUGAAGGACACGUUUUGCGUGGAAGGAGUGGACACAAGCAUCGGUCUCUCUGCCCUGGCAUUCAAGCCUGCCCGCAAGAAUGCCGACUUGGUCGAUCUGCUCCAGUCUCUCGGUGCGGUCAUCAUCGCCAAGACCAACAUCCCACAAACCCUCGCUACGCUGGACAGCUGUAACCAUCUCUUCGGUCGCACGCUGAACCCACUGAACCGUCAAUGGACGGCAGGGGGCAGCACUGGCGGCGAGGGAGCGCUACUUGCGAUGCAUGGGUCCAUGGUUGGCUUUGGCACUGAUAUUGGUGGCAGUAUCCGCAUUCCUGCGAUGUGCCAGGGUCUCUACGGCUUCAAGCCGAGUGAUGGACGUGUCCCAUACGGGGGCCAGGAGAGUGGACAGGUCGAGGGCAAGGGUCGGAUCUCUCUACAGCCCGUGGCUGGUCCAUUGGCGCGCUCUGUAGCAGACAUUGCGGCCGUUAUGGCCGAGAUUGUGCCGCGCGCUGAGCUUUUCGGAGAAGACUGUAUCCCAGGAUACUGGCCUACUCCCUCAGUCCCAGCCUCUCUUGCCCCGCCACGCAACUUCACUGUCGGCAUCCUCAAGACAGAUGGGUUGGUCACUCCCUUGCCGCCGAUUACCCGUAUCCUUGACGAAGUGGCCAACCACCUGCGCCGGACACCCGGCGUGGAAGUUGUGGAGAUCCCUUUUCCCGCAGUUUUGCCAAAGUGCCAAGCUCUGGCAGGUCGGCUCAUGGGCGUUGACGGUGGUUCCAACAUGCUCGACUUGAUUGAGAGCAAGGGUGAGCCCCUGACGCCCUGGCUACAGGGUCGCAUGAAGCGUGGCAAAGCUUUGACUAUCAAUCAGCUGGCGCAGCUGCAGGCCCAGCGUGCCCAGGUUGAGAGGGAGAUGAUGAAGAUGUGGACUCUUUUUUCGUCGUUCAGGACCCGUCAGGUAGAUGCGAUCGUCUGUCCCAUCGCACCGCACCCGGUUCCCCAGAUGGAUCAGUAUAAUGCUGUUGGAUAUACCUCUACAUUCGUGCUGCUCGACUAUCCUGCAGGUAUUGUACCUGUGCGGCCUUUUGUGGAGUCAGAUCUUGAGCUUGGUCGUGAGAUGAAAGAUCCCGUGCUAGGAAGCUGGGAUAAGGCCAAUCGUCUGCUAUGGGACGAGAAAACGGUUGAUCGCCGAGUAUACUUGGAUUCGCCGCUUAGUGUGCAGGUCGUGACACCAAAGCAGCAUGACUACGAGCUUUUCCAGGCGAUGGAGAUUAUUGACCGUGCGGUGCAAGGCCGCGUAGGAUCUACUCCAGCGAAGCUGUAG